UGAUGAAUAGCAGUAAAGAAGAGAUGCGUGAACUGGCGGCAUUGUUUUAUUCUGUGGUGGUAUCUACAGUGUCGGGGAAUGAGUUGAAGUCAAUGAUAGAACAGCUUAUAAAGACCACAAAAGACAAUCAUAGCCCAGAGAUACAGCACGGAUCCUUGCUUGCGUUGGGAUUCACGGUAGGAAGAUACUUGGCCAAAAAGAAAAUGAGAAUGGCAGAGCAGCAGGACCUGGAGACAGAUGCCGAUUUCCUGCCGGAACAAGAGGAACUCAUUCAGAGCGCCACGGAAACAAUAGGCUCGUUUUUGGACAGUACGUCGCCCCUCCUGGCCAUUGCUGCCUGCACAGCCCUCGGGGAAAUUGGUAGGAAUGGUCCCCUCCCAAUCCCCAGUGAGGGAUCUGGCUUCACCAAAUCACAUCUUGUAGAAAGCUUACUGAAUAGAAUACCCUCCAGUAAAGAAACAAAUAAGAUGAAAGAACGAGCAAUCCAAACACUGGGAUAUUUUCCAGUUGGGGAUGGAGAUUUUCCUCACCAGAAACUCCUCUUGCAAGGUCUGAUGGAUUCUGUGGAGACUGAAGGCAAAGUCUUUCCUGAUCCCCAUUAUGAAAUAGGUGCCUUGCAGUGUGAUUAG